AUGGGGUCCGUAUCUGUCUACAUACUAGCAUUAGUAGUACUGGCAAGUCAACACCUUAUUUCCCAGGCCACGGAUCCCGAAAGUCAACAAGAACGAGAAGAAAGAGGGCGUACUUACCUAGGUGUAAGGGAGGAAGAGAAUGACCCAGAACGUGAAGAAAGAGGGCGUACUUACCUUGGAGUGAGAGGAAGAACCUAUCUUGGUGUGCGAGACCCCGAAAGUCAACAAGAACGAGAAGAAAGAGGGCGUACUUACCUUGGCGUGAGAGGAAGAACCUAUCUUGGUGUGCGAGACCCCGAAGAUCAACAAGAAAGGGAAGAACGAGGACGUACUUAUUUGGGAGUUCGUGGUAGAACCUAUCUUGGUGUAAGAGACCAAGACGAAGAUACAGAAAGAGAAGAACGAGGACGAACUUACUUAGGUGUAAGGGACGAGGACAGGGAUGCGGAACUCUCAGAACGAGGCCGGACGUACCUUGGUGUGAGAGGCAGAACAUACUUGGGUGUUAGGGACCAAGAAAAAGCAGCUGAACGUGAAGAGCGUGGUAGAACAUAUCUUGGUGUAAGGGACAUUAUGGAGGAGUGAAAGAAAGAUACAGAGUCGUAAUUAUUAUAUGAAAUAUAUCAUUUUGUUUUUCGCCAAGAUCGACAAAUGUACACAACAAAACUUAUAAAUAAUGCAGUUAUUAAAUACGUACACAUAAUUUAA